UCUUCUGUCCACCCUAGUUUAGAGUCUUCUGUCCACCCUAGUGUCGAGUCUCCUGUCCAGCCUAGUGUCGAGUCUGCUAGCAAAGAGCGGAGGAAAUGGUCUCUGUUUGAGGAUAAAACGGUGCACGACGUAUAUGGUUAAAGACGGUGGGAAGGAGAAGCGCAAACAAGUGGUUGACCUUGAUACAGAAGAUGAAGUACCCGAACAUGAAGCAAGACCAGUUGGUGUGAAAGCUGCUAAAGCUGCUGGUAAGAGAAAGAAGAGUGGCAAAGAAGAAGAGAUCUCACAGUUGGAGGCCAUCAUGGAAAUGAAAGGAAAACUCUCUAAACAAAAAAUUCUUGAACGUUUACUUGCCAAAAAAGAUCCACUAUCUGAGAUGGAAGAAUCUCUAAAAUUGAAACUGAUGUCUGAGAUGAUAUGAGGCUAUUAAGGUAUAAAUGUUACAUGUCGUCUGGUGUAUUGAGUAGUUAGUUGUUCGAAGUAUUUGUUACAUGGCGCAUUGCUUUUAUUCUUUACUAACUCUUGUCUUUGUCUUGUUUCAGGUUCAGCAGUAGGACAUGUGACCAGAGUCACGGGUGGUGCAGUAGGACAUGUGACCGGAGUCACGGGUGUAUUUGGAGUUGGGAAGUUUUUUGUUGUUUUCCUCAUGUGACCAGAGUCACGGGUGGUGCAUUGAGGGUGUAUAAGUAUCAGUCUUUUCUUGCGGAAUUAGAUAUCUCUCUUGCUGUAUUUCCUCUCUAUCAAACUUGUCUCCUUUUGUUGUAAUCCAAGGCUGUAUUAUUUUCGCUACAAUCUCGAAGUGUAAUCGACGAAGUUUGCUUCUCUUUAGGAUAUCUUUAAAUGUCGUCAUCUUCAUCCGACGAAGUUUUCGAAGAAAGAUUUGACGAAGUUUUCGAAGAAAGAUUUGACGAAGUUUUCGAAGAAAUCUUCGAAGAUACAUUCACCAACAUAGUCGAGGCCCAAACCAGUCAUCAUAGGAGCCGUGCUUAUAUUGAACGAAACCGUGAAGGAGGACAAUACCGCUUAUGGAAUGACUACUUCAGCGAAGAUGCGACAUUCCCGUCACAAAUAUUUAGACGCCGCUUCCGCAUGAAUAAAGACUUAUUCUUGCGUAUUGUCUAUGGGCUAUCAGAGAACUUUCCAUUCUUUCAGCAAAGAAGAGAUGCAACCGGAAGGUUAGGUCUUUCUGCACUACAAAAAUGUACGGCAGCAAUUCGUAUGCUUGCUUAUGGUUCAGCGGCUGACACGGUUGACGAAUAUCUCCGACUUGGUGAGACCACUGCACUUUCCUGUUUACGUAAUUUCACUGACGGAAUAAUACAUUUAUUCGGAGGUGACUAUCUACGACGACCCACACCGGAGGAUCUUCAACGACUACUCGAUAUUGGAGAAAAACGAGGGUUUCCUGGGAUGGUCGGGAGCAUUGAUUGUAUGCACUGGGAGUGGAAAAAUUGUCCGACCGCUUGGAAAGGACAAUACGCACGAGGAUCAGGAAAACCGACAAUUGUCUUAGAGGCUGUUGCUUCACAAGAUCUUUGGAUAUGGCACGCUUUUUUUGGUCCUCCAGGCACCUUAAAUGAUAUCAAUGUCCUCGAUCGGUCUCCUGUGUUUGAUGACAUUUUAGAAGGUCGAGCUCCCAGGGUAAGGUACAUGGUCAACGGACACAUGUAUAAGUUGGCAUACUAUCUAACAGACGGUAUAUAUCCAAAUUGGUCAACAUUUAUCCAAUCUAUCAAACUCCCUCAAUCUCCAAAACAAGAGUUAUUUGCUAAAGCUCAAGAAGCAGCCCGAAAAGAUGUGGAGCGGGCUUUUGGAGUAUUGCAAGCUCGAUUUGCGAUUGUCAAAAACCCGGUUCGUACAUUGAACAAAGAAAAGAUAUGGAAGAUUAUGAGAGCAUGUAUCAUACUACACAAUAUGAUUGUUGAGAAUGAACGAGAUGGAUACAUACGAUACGAUAUAUCUGAAUUUGAAGAAGGAGACGUCACCAGAACUCACAGGUGGAAACCAACAGGCCUACAAAUCUGAAUAAUAUGUUUCCCAAUCGGAAUGAUCUUCGGGAUGAGCAUAUUCAUGAACGGUUGAAGAAUGAUUUAAUCGAAAAUAUUUGGAAUAAAUUUGGUGAUGAAGAUUAAUAAUUAGUGUAUCUUCGUUUCUUUAUAUUUAUCAAUGUAUCUUUUUAAUCAUGCAAUUAAUAAAAUUUAAAUUUCUAUUUAUAAAAAAUACGAUAAUAUUCUUAACAAUUAAUUUUUAAUAUUAUUUUUGUGGAAAUUAUUUCUUUUAUAUUUCAGGACGAACCGGGGCAAUGUCUUCUUUCUCAUUUGAUUACUGUUUUUUGGCUGAGGUCACUGCUUCAAAUCUACAAGAAGACAAACUUGUGAGUCAAUUUAGUUGGUAAAAUAUAUGGUUUAAUCUAUUAUGUGUCUUUACGUUAUUCGUUUGCAGUAUCUCCCUGUGGGAGCUACGAGUUCUACUCCUUUGCACAAACAAUGCCAAGAGACGAUACUGGUGAACAAAGAAGGAAAUUCAUGGAAUGUGAGUUUGCGAUAUAGCGAAUCUAGCGGCAAGUAUUACAUCACAAGAGGCUGGAGAAAGUUCUGUCUCGAUAACAGAUGCGAGAUAGGGGACUUAUUUGUGUUCAAUGUGGUUGGAGAUGGGAAAACUACUCCAUUGAUGUGUGUAUGUCCGGAAAGAAAAGAGUACUCUGAAAUACUAAGCAAAUACUUGACCAGAAAGAGUAGGGAGUCUUCAUUAGGUGGUGAUUCAUAAUCAUGUUGUAUUUUAAUAUUUAAUCAUCUUAUAAACUCUUUUGUGUAAUCUUUAAAUUUGAUCAUGUUUUUAUUUAGCAAAUUUUCUAUCUUUAUGUAAAAUUUUUGUUUUUAUCUUUAAUUGUUGUAUUUUAAUGUUUAAUUAUUGUUUUUUAUGUUUAUUUCUUGUAUUUUAUGUUAAGUUAUUCUAUUUAAUCAUCCAAUAUAUAAAAAAUAUAUUUCACUACACAAUAAACAAAAAAUCAUUUUUUAAUUCCUAAGGAUUCCACUUUUGGGAUCACCAUUGUACACAUAUUUUUCACAAGAGUCCUUAACUAUUCAAAAAAAAAAAUAUUAAUCUAAUCCUAAGGACUCCACAAUGGGUCUCACCAUUGUGGAUGCUCUUAGAACUUAGAAGGACGGUCCUUGAACGGCCUCCUUUUGCUUCUUUAGAGGAAUGGUUUAGGUUCGGGCAGUUCGAUGAAUAUCAGUUUCUUGUUUCAUUUUGUUGUUCACGGUCCCCUUUGUUUUCCAUCUUUCUUUUCGUGUCUGUCCUGGGGAGAUCUCUCUUUCGACUUUAUCAAAUUUGUAUCAUUACUUUAGUCAUGUUCGCUUCUAAACUGAAGAUUAUCGUACCAAUCGUCUUUGCUUCCAUUUUUACCUUUUUUUUUGUGCCGUGGAACCAAUUUUGAGGUCAUAUAUUUUGUAAAAACACGGGAAAACUGUCAAAAGUGACUCAAAACUUGAUUUUGAAUACAAAAGUGUAUCUCAAAUUUAAUCAAAUGCAAAAUUAACUCAAAAAGCUAGUGAAACUACAACAACUUUCUUAUGAUCAAACAAAAAAAUUGUAUUCAGUUUUAUAACCCUCCGCGUGAGAAGACUUACAAAUAAGUCUUCUGGUUCAUUAGAUUUUUAAAAUAAUUUAAAAUUUUUUAUAAAAAAUAUUUUGAUGGGAAAUAUAUUGAAAUCAUGUAAUAAUAAACAUUUAUAAAUGAUGUAAAUUUAGUUUUACUAAAAUUGAAUUAUUUUCAACAUAGAUGAGUAAAUGUAGAUUAACUCAUGAUAGUAUUGGGUUUAGGGUGAUAACAUAUGUUAUAGUAUUGUUGGUAUUUUUAGGGUUAGAUUUUGAAAUCUUAUCUUUUUAUAUUUUUUUUGACAUAUAUGUAUUUAAUGAAUAUCUAAUAACUUGAUUUAAACAUUUUAAGUAUCUUAAAAGUUUAAAGAAGUGUUUUUUUGCUUAAUUAUUUGAUUAUAUGGCCUGGAAGACUCACAGAAGAUUUCCCAAGAAGUCUUCUGACAUAUCCCGCCUAAAUUUUAGUAGAAUUUAGGGUUUCUGUCUAAAUAUUAAAAGAACUUAGGUUUCCCGACUAAAUCGAAUUCUUCCAGAAGUCUUCCAAAAGUUUUCUAGAGGAAGUCUUCUCAUGUAUUAGAUCAUAGAAGUAAUUAAUAAAGUUUAUAAAAAAUAUUUUGGAAGAGAAAAAAUCAAAAAAAUGUAUUAAUAAACAUUUCUAAAUGAUGAAAAUUUAGUUUUACUAAAAUUGAAUUAUUUUUAACAUAGAUGAGUGAAUGUAGAUUGAGUCAUGAUAGCCUUUGGUUUAGGGUUUGGUAAUAUAUGUUAUUGUAUUGUUGGUAUUUUUAGAGUUAGAUUUUGAAAUCUUAUCUUUUUUAAUUUUUUUUAGUUUGAACUAUAUGUGUUUAUUGACUAUCUAAUUAUUUGGUUUAAACACUUUCUAAGUUUCUUUGAAGUUUAAAGAAGUGUUUUUUGCUUAGUUAUUUGAUUAUAGGUUUGGAAGACUCCGAGAAAACUUUGGUUUAGGGUUUAGUAACAUAUGUUAUAGUAUUGUUGGUAUUUAAGGUUAGCUUUUGGAAUCUUAACAUAAAUUUUUUUGACCUAUAUUUGUUUAGUUUUGUGUAAAUUAAACACUUUAUAAGUUGAUUUUAAGUUUAGUGAGUUGUUAUUUGCUAUUUAGUUAGUUAUUUGAUUAUGUUAUGGUUUGGAAGACUUCGAGAAGACUUUCCAAGAAGUUUUCUCAUAUAUUUCCGCCUAAAUUUUAAAAGAAUUUAGGUUUCCUGCCUAAAUCGAAGACUUCUAGAAAUCCUCUCAUGUAUUUAGUUUUAGGGUCAAGAAGUCUUCUGUAUAGAACACAUUAACCUAAUUGGAAUUUUUGUAUCUAUGUAUAAAGAAAAUUUAUACAUUCUCUUUCUUCUUUUCAUAUGGCUGCAACAAAAAUAUAAUGUUUCUCACUCUAAAACUCUUCAACCUUUCUCUAAUCUCUGUGAACAUCGAAACACCAAACUUUAAAUGUAUUUCUCAAUUUUUUUUUCUUAUGUCUUCUCACUAAUUUAUCUUCUUUUUUUAGGUUUUUCAUUACAUGGUUCUUAUCUUUCACUCUUUCAAAGGUAGAUCUAUAAAUUUUGGAUAUGUAUUAUUGUGUGUUUUAUAGAUUAGAUUCUAAAAAACUAUAGAUUCAACCUAGAUGUGACUGUUUUGUUUAUUAUUUAAGCAUUAAAUUAUAUUUUUGAAGUUUUUCAGUAUUUUGAAGCCAUUUGAAUGUUUUUGAAUUUCAGGUUUUUCAUAUUUGAGACAUACUUUGAAAGACUUUUCAGAAGACUCUCGGAAGACUUCUAGGCAAGUCUUCUAAUGCAUUUUAUGCUAGAAGACUUCCCACGAAGUCUUCAGGAAGGCUUCCGAAGUCUUUUGCCCAAAAUGGUACAAAUUUUAGAUAUGUAUUUUGUGUGUUUUAUAUACUAGAUUCUAAAAAUUUAUAGAUUUAACCUAAUGUGACUGGUUUCUUUAUUAUUAAGCAUAAACAAAAUAUUUUUGAAGUUUUCUCUAUUUUGAAGUCAUUUGAAUGCUUUUGAAUGUACAAAUUUUUCAGAUAUGAGUCAGACUUUGUAAGACUUAUCAAAAGGCUCUUAGAAGACUCUUGGAAGACUCUCAGAAGACUUCCUAAGAAGUUUUCUAAUGCAUUUUAUGCAAGAAGACAUUCCACGAAGUCUAUCAAAGUUUUAUGCCCAAAGUGGUACAAAUAUUAGAUAUGUAUUUUGUGUGUGUUUAUAUAUUAGAUUAUAAACAUAUAUAGAUUCAACAUAAUGUGACUAUUUUAUUUAUUAGUUAAGCAUAAACAAUUUAUUUUCUAAGCUUUCUCUAUUUUGAAGCUAUUUGAAUAUGCAUAUUUUUUCAGAUUUGAGUCAGACUUUGGAAAACUUCUCAGAAGACUCUUGGAAGACUUCUUGGAAAGUCUUAUAAUGUAUUUUAUGCUAGAAGACUUCCCAUGAAAUCUUCCAGAAGUCUUUCGAAGUCUUCUGCCUAAAGUAGUACAAAUGAAUGAUAUCAAGUGGAGUCCAAGCUUAUCUAUGUUGAGGAAUGAUAUCUAGCUCCAUGUAAUAGUUUUGUUUAUAGUCUGUUUUAUGAUUUGUAUGUGUAUUGUUUUAGUUGUGAAUUCUUUUGUAGACUUGAAGAGAUGUUAAUCAAAAGAAUUUGGUAAAAUGUUCGUGUUUUGCCAAAAGUACUAACAUUAUUGAAGUUAUUGAUACAACAUACAAAAAAUAUUUUUAACUAUUCUACCCACUCAUAACAAAACAACAAAAAAACUUAGUCAAAUUUACUAAAACUAAGAGAGAAGACUUCACAAGAAAAAAUAAUCAAAUUCACAAAAGAUCAAACUUGAAUUUUAAGUGAAAGUUAAAAUUUUAAAUCUCAUGUAAGUUAAAAAUUAUGUCUUAUGAUCUAAAAAGACACAUUAACCGCAUGAUUUGAUAUUUUUGAAGUUACUUAAAACUUUUGAAAGUUAAAAAAAAUACCUUGAAGUUAAUUAACAAUCUUGAAAAUUUAACGUAUAAGACUUCUCGAGAAGUCUUCUCGGAUUAGCUAGAAACAUUAGUAAACAUAAAUUUUUGAAAUGUCAUAAUUAUCACUAAAUAAGUUAUGAAUUUCAUUCAGGAGCCCCAAUAUUGACUAAUACACAUGAAUUUAUAAGAAAAUAUUAGAAAAGUCAUUUUAGUUGCAGAGAAAAUGAAAUUUUAUUAAGCAUUGAAGUAGAAUACUUUCGUAGAAGUCUUCUAUUUAAUUAGGUUAUUUUUGCAAUUGCAAAUUUACGAAUGAAGACUUCUUAAGAAGUCUACUCUACAGAAGACAUCUUGAGAAGUCUUCCUUUGUAAAUAUUGGCUUACUUUUGAAUUUUAAAAAUUCUCAAAAAUGCCGGAGAAGACUUCUCGGAUAAACAUGUUAGUUUUGCAAUUGACCGAACGACUUUUUAUAGAAAACUUCUUGGGAAGUCUUCUCAGAAAAGAUUUUUAUAGAAGUAUUCUCAACAUCGCAAGAAGUCUAUUUGGGAUACUUUUUCAAUUGACUAUAUUUGACUUUUCCAAAGAAGAGUUCUAUAGAAGUUUUCUCUCGUAACCAAAGAUUUGACUAAAACCCGUAAUAAAAUUUGAAAGAAGUCUUUUCAUUAAUAUUAAAUGUUAUACUAUUAUUUUUCAAUUGCAAAAGUAACCCAUGCAGACUUUUUGCGACAGUGAAAAGACUUCGAGAAAACUUUCAGAAGACUUCUAUAGAAGUUUUUCCCGAGAAGUUUUCUAUAAAAAGUCAAAUUUUUACAAACUUCGGUCAAUUACAAAAC